UAUAAUAGAGAAGAAUGUCCUUUAGAUUCCUUUUACAACUUAUUCUUGUGUUUUUUAUAUUUCAAAUAUAGGAUAUAACCGCAGUUCUAAAAAAAAAUUAUUUCAAGUUCAUUCUCAAUAUCCAAUUUUUUUUAGACACAAGUUAUAUAAAAAUUAAACAAGUACGGGUUGAAUAACUGCUUUGGGUUAAGAUUCAAAAAACAGACUAUAGUUAAUUAGCAAAUUUUUGGGGGUUUAAGGCAAUAAAUAAAAAACUAAAGUUUGUUAUUUAUUGACUAGAGUACGUUUGUAUUAAUUAGUUAAUUGAUUCCAUUAUAAAUAAAGAAAGGGUAUUUAAAUGUGUUUUAUUUCAAACUAUCAAUUUUAUCACUGCUCCUUAUUUCUUUAUAAUAGUAGCUUGCUCAGUAGGCAAAAAAAAGGUGAUGCUAAAAAUUAUAUUUUGAUGAAGAUUAUUUUUUGUCUUUUAUAAUAUCUGCUUCGUUUGUUUGGAGUUGCUGUUAGAAGUUUUGUCUUCCUGCAUUCCAAUUUACAACUAUUAACUACAAGACACAUGGCGCUUAACGAUGAAGGAAAACAGAGCAAACAAGUUUGUGCUGUGUUUAUAAUCAUUAUGGCCAUUGGUUUAGCAAUUGCCAUGAUAAUUAUAGGCGCUAAGAAUAUCGACAAUUGUCCUUCACAAGAUCUUAUUCCAACUUAUUUGAUUGUAAACGGCAUUACAUCUCUCAUAUUGAUCUUUACUUCAAUCGCCUGUAACGCAUGUAUCGUAGCCCUACCAGAGGAAAAUGUUUUUCAUAUUUGGCUAUCCGGCAUAAAACCACUCUUCCUAGGAUUAUUGGGUUUAUUCCACUUCGCUUGGUUUAUUUGCGGCAAUGUAUGGGUGUUUCAAUAUUACGAGCCAUCCUACGCACCAUCCAACGUACCGGGAGUGAGGUAUUGCGACGAAACAACGUAUAAAUUCGCCUUUUGGCUCAUCAUUAUGGGGUACAUCUUCACGGUGUUUGGUUAUUGUUUCCACUGCUGUUCGAAACAAUAUUCAAAUCAAAAACGUGAACAAGAAAUUAUGCGCGCAAUGCACGUGCUGCGACAAUCAGAUCGCGUACAGGGGAAGCAAACAGUUAACAAUGUUAUACUCAAUAUGUAUCAGCCAUCUUUGUAGUUUUGUAUUUAAAAUGUAACACAAAAAAUGCAAAAAUUUACACUGUUCAGGUUAAUAAAAUCUUUUGUAAUAGCAUUGUCGAUAGCAUUGACGGUGAUCUGAAAAAUAAAACGUGGUUGACUAAAAAGCCUACCACGCUUUCAGGGUGGGCCAUAAGUUGGAGAUAAAACAGACUUAACAAAAGAUUUAUAAUUGUGACAAGCUACACUUUUUUCUG